CAGUAACUCCGUAACGGUCUCGGCGUGCACUUCUUUCCUCGGCGUCAUUUUAUUUUUCUCAUUUAAUAAAAUAAUAAAAAAAGUGUUAUUAAAAUUACCUAAAAACAAUUUACAAAUAAAUAAAACUACUAUUAUUAUUUAUCUAAUUUUUAUUUAUCUAUUAACAUAAUUAACAAAUACAAAUAAAAAAAAAGUGAUGAAAAUGUGUUAAAGUGAAUUUACAAAGUUGCAAAAAAGGAAAAAAAAAAAAAUCGUUUAGUGUAAACGUAAAGUUAUUAUUAUACAAAAAAAAAAAAAAAAAUGUCACUUCCAAAAUUGACAUUUCUUUUGACAUUGGUAUCGUUACUAACAAUUGUUGUGUCAUCAACACAACAAAUAAAUGUCAAUAAAUGUUGUAAUAUUGAUGAAGAAUUAUUAAUUGAUAAAAAACCAGCAAAUAAUGAUGUUGUAUGUAUUAAAACAAAUUUACCAUGGACACCAACGUAUUAUAAUCAAAGUUUACCACCACCAAAUAAAUUUGUAUUUGGUUUACCAAAAACAUGGAAAAUAAAUAAUAAUAAAUUACCAAUAUGUAGUGAUGAUAAUGUUAUUGAUAUUAUUAUUAAUCGUUCAGCAAAUCCAAUAAUAAUAUGGAGUAAUGGUGGUGCUGUUCUUGGUACUGGUUUAUCAUUUUAUCAACCAAAUACAUUUUGUGCUGAUAAAAAUGCAAUAAUUGUUUGUGUACCAAAAAAAAAUAUUGCUAAUCAUGCUGCAUCAACAACACGUCCUCGUAUACACAGAUGUUGUCUUAAUAAUGCUGUUUUUAGCAAUGAAAGAAAUACUUGUGAAAAUGUGAAAGAUCCAGAAGACAUAUCAAAAAAAUUAAUGCCAAUAAAUUCAUCAUCAGCUGAAAUAUUACCAGGUUUUCCAACUUGUGCUAAUGGUCAAAAAUAUGUUAUUGUUGGUGAUAGUAAUAAUGGAGUGUUACAAUCAGAUGGUGGACUUAUUGUUGAUGGUAUUAAUUUACCACCACUUGAAUAUUGUGUUGAACUUAUCAAAGAACUUGAUGGAAAAGGAAAAAUAUUUGCUUGCUCUGAACAUGCACCAAAAAGUAACCCAAAAAAACCAUUGGACUACAGAUUUAUCAUGUAUCCAAUUAGUUUUUUGAUAAGUGCAAUAUUUUUAGCAGCAACAUUGGGUGCAGGUUGGUUAUUACCAGCAUCACAUCAUGUACUUCAUUGGCGUUGUCAAACACACCAUGUUGUAUGUCUUAUGUUUGGUGAUUUAUUGAUGGCAAUAAUACAACUAUGGAGUGAUUCUCUUCCAGAAGAAAGCUGUAAAGCAAUUGCAAUUUUGACGCACUUCUUUUUCCUUGCUGCUUUCUUUUGGCUUAAUACAAUGUGCUUCAAUAUUUGGUGGACAUUCCGUGAUUUGAGACCAGCCAGUUUGGAAAAAGGCCAAGAAACAUUACGACUAAGGGUGUACGCUUGUUACGCUUGGGGUGGUCCACUUCUUGUUGCCGGGCUUGCAGCAAUACUUGAUCAUUUACCCCCACAAGAAAAUUAUACUUUUCUACGUCCACAAUUUGGCAGAGAUAAAUGCUGGUUUUACGGUGAUACGGAAAUUUUGGCUUAUUUUUAUGGACCAAUUGGACUUCUUCUUGCAAUAAAUGUUAUAUUUUUUGUUGCAACCGCUCGUGAAUUAACAUGUGGACUUUGGAAAGGUGAAUUUGUCAAAAGUACAACUGAAAGAGCUGCACUUGGUCGUGUCUGUUUAAAACUCGUUGUUGUAAUGGGAGUUACAUGGGGUUUUGAUAUUAUAUCAUGGAUUGCUGGUGGACCUCAUUAUCUAUGGUACGCAACAGAUUUAUUAAAUGCAUUACAAGGUCUCUUCAUCUUCAUGGUCGUUGGUUGGCAGCCACAAGUUCGUGCUGGUCUUAAAAGACUAUUUAACAAAAAUCCACGUACAAAUGCAGGAAGACAGGGUAAUGGCCUCAGUACCACCAGUCAUGGAAUGCCAAGUAUGGGUGAUAGUGUUACGCAAAAUCCAAGCACAAAAACAGCACCAUUAGAAACCAUAUGUUAAAUUAUUAUCAUCAAAAUAUUAUCAUCGUAUUAUCAUAAGCAAUGAUAUAAAAACAAAAUCAUGAAAAUAAAACGCACAUCCAAUUGUUUACUCUUAGCUUUUUCUUUUAAACAAUCAUUUCAGUUUUAUUUAUUUAUUUAUCAUUUUUUUUUUUUAUAUAAAACUGUAUAUUGUUGAUCCAAAGAUCUUGUUAAAGAUUUUAAAUAAUAAUUUAUAAUAAUCAUAUUUCGAUAAUAAUGAAAGUUCAAGAAAAAAACAAAAAUUUUUUAAAUAAAUAUUUUCUAGUAAGUCUGAACAUUUUAAUAGAAAAUGUGUAAUUAGUUAUUUUUUUAUAUCAAAACAACGAAUAAAUAAAUGUUAUGUAAAAUAUUUAAUUAAUUUAAAUUCACCUAGUAUUUUUGUAUGUCUAUUUAUAUUUAUUAUUUUUUAUUUUUUAAUACUCGGUGAAUUUAUUUAUACGCCACAAAUGUAUUCAUAAUGAAUUUUUUAAAUUAUUGUCUACUUUGUUUUUGGAUACGUGCUGUUCUUAUGUCUCAAGUAGAAUUUUCGUUUUUUUUUUUUUUUCUAUAACUCGUAUACGAUACGAUUUUUGAUACAUGAUUUAUUUGAAUUUUUCGAUUGAUUAAAUGUGUCAAAAGUCAUCAAGACGAUUUAUGACAAUACAAAAUAAACAUACGAUAAAAAAAAAAAUAAAAGAAAAAUUGAUAAAUGCCUUCUUAAAAAAAAUAAUAAAUAAUGCCUUGAUGAUUGUGCCCUGAUUUUCAAAUACGGAGGAUUAAUAAAUUGAAAAAAUUAAAAAAUAAUAAUUAUUGUUAUGAGACAAAUUCAAGGCAUGACAGAGGAAAAAAAAAAGAAAAGUUUUUAAAAUUUUAG